AAUGGGCUUGAGCACUGCCUCGGACUCAGGUGUUUUUGCGGAGGUAUUCUUCAACAUCUCCAAGGGAUCCUUUGGCGGCAAACCCUUCCUGCAGAAUGUCUUUGCACAGGACCCCUCGUCGCCUGACUUCCUGUCUAUUUUACUCGGUCGAACGGACGAUCUCGAGGAUAUAGCCAACGGUAUCUUUUCCAUCAGUGAAUACAUCGAGUCAUACGAGAACAUCGCCUACGCCCCUCAUGUGCCGCACUUCCAAAAUCCUGAUGAGGGUGACUUGAUCCAACAGUGGACUGCCCUCAUCGACGACUUCAAGGUCAACGGGGUACCCCAGAACCUAAGCUCCAACAUCCAGAGUGUACCGUCAGGCAAGGCCUUGGCACUAUUCGACACUGGUUCCACCGCCGUUUCGUUACCCGAUCCAGCCUUAUGUGAGGCCAUCUACGGCCAAGCACCAGGCGCUGUCUUUGACGAUGUGGACUCGCUGUGGCUCGUUCCAUGCACAGCUGAGCUCCCCAACGUGACUGUUACAAUCGGUGGGGUUGACUAUCCUGUGCAUCCUUUGGACUUGACCAGGAUCGUUGAAAGGACGAUCGACGAUGUCGACGGUGUCCUUUGUGAGGGGUUAUAUGUGCCGAAUGACUUCGAUCCUAAAGGAUUCCCAUACGACAUCUUUCUCGGAGAUGCCUUCUUGAGGAACGUUUACUCUGUGUUUAAUUUUGGUACUUAUGGCGGGGAUGGGAAUCUCACCACAGAGAAUGCGAGCCUCCAAUUCUUGUCACUCACAGACCCGGAUACCGCUUUCUCCGACUUCCACAAGUCUCGCCCAAAAACCCUCCAGUCGUACCCGCCCGAGUUUCCCCCAGACCAGUACAAGAAUGCCUUCUCCUCGUCCUCUGAUGACAACGACGAUGACGACUCGGCAGACGCUGUCGCAGGUGCCUCGUCUGUAUCGUCGUCGUCAGCAGACGCAGAGACUUCAUCUAAUAGCCUCAACACCUACGGCCCCGUCAUCAUCGGCCUGCUCGGUGGAAACGUCCUCGUCGGCAUCGUCCUCUGUGCUAUCGCACUCUCGGUUUGCAUCAGGAAAGGCGGGAAGUCGCGAAGCGUGAGACAGGAUUACACGCCCGUGGCGUUCAAGGGGGCAGGCCCACGGGCGGAAGAUGAGGUGAUUGCGGCGAGGUAUGGAGAUUGAGGUGAAACGGUGGUCUCGAGUAGUGUGCAAUGAUGACGGACAUGACUUUUACUCUUGGACGAUUAUUCUUGUUGGGGUCGUAUUUAUAUGUUUUACCUUCUGG